GGCGAAUGCCGGUGCGCUGUGCCCCUCGGACACAGUGGAUCACGGAAAGAGCCGAAGAUGUCAGCUCGGUCAUGUAAUCAGCUGUGCCAAUCACAGCUGAUCACAUAAGUGCCAACUGUCAGUUUCCAUCAGUGCCAGCAGUCAGUGCUCAUCAGUGCCAUGUGCCAGUGCCCAUCAGUGCCACAUCAAUGCCACAUAUCAGUCCAUCUGAGCUGCCUUUCAAUGUCACCCAUCAGUGCCAGUCAAUGCCACCCAUCAGUGCAACCUACCAGUGCCUCCUCAUCAGUGCCACCUAUCAGUGUCCAUCAGUGCAGCCUAUCAGUGCCCAUCACUGCAUCCUCAUUAGCGCACAUCAGU